UUCUGCCAGUGGCGCUGACUAGUUUUGGAAAAAUUGUUAUUGGCGGAAUCUGUGUUGUUGUUGUGGUAGUCGUAGUUAAGUUUACUGCAUACAGGGAUGGAGGAAGUGCGCGUGAAGGAAGAGUCCCCGGACAAUGAGGCUGUGGGCCUAAAACCGGAGUCACCAUACAUGGAGGCUGCGGACAUAAAACAGGAGUCACUGGACAUGGAGGCUGUGGACAUAAAACAGGAGCCCCCGGAGGAAGCAGAGGCAGAGACUGGAAUGCUACAAGGUAGUUUGGUGUUUAGAGAACACGUGUGCAUCAAGGUCGAGGCGGAGUUUGUAGGGGAAGAGCGGGAUGAAGGAGAGGGAACGAGCCAGAGCGAGACGACACCAGCUUGCGGGAGCGAGACAGAACCAAAGGAACAACACCAAGAUGAAGGACUAGCCCCGGCCAGUGCAGAGACACAAAAAAUUGAAAACCCAUACUCUUGCGAUGUCUGUAAAAAGGGAUUUCCACAAUUAGGCGCCUUAACUCAGCAUAAACGAAUUCACGCCGAAAAAACUUACCAGUGCAAAACGUGUGAUAUGCGGUUCAGACUGCUAAGUAUAUUACAAGCACAUGAACGCCGUCACAGAGGCGAGAAACCUUACGACUGUAAAACAUGCCAAAAGCGGUUCUCGACAACGUACGAUUUGAAGAAACACGAGCUAAUCCAUUCUGGCGAAAAACCUUACGCCUGUGACGUAUGUAAAAAGCAAUUUAGACAACUACAUCCAUUGAAAUUACACAAACAAAAUCACACGAACAAACCCUAUUUCUGCGAAGUAUGUUAUAAGAACUUCGCAGAUCUAGAUGCUUUGAAGGAGCAUGAACGAAUACACACAAAGGAAAAGAGAUUUUCGUGCGAUGUAUGUGGAAAAGCUUUCAGGAAUUCAUCUAAAUUAAAUGAUCACAAAAGAACACACACCGGUGAGAAACCUUAUUCAUGUGGCACGUGCGAAAAAAAAUUUGCGAAAUUGCAGGAUUUAAAAGCACAUGAGCGUAUCCACACCGGGGAAAGGCCAUAUUCCUGCGAAACGUGUGAAAAGAGCUUCAAACAGUGGAAUCAAUUAAAAGUACACAAACGAUCUCACACAGGCGAGAGGCCUUAUCCUUGUGGUACAUGUGAUAAGCGAUUUACGCAAUUGAGCCAUUUGAACGCUCACGAACAGCGUCACAGGGGUGAAGAACCUCACGCCUGCAAAACUUGUCAUAAGCGCUUUUCGAGAAUGUACGACUUGCAGAAACACGAGCUAAUUCAUACUGGCGAGAAACCUUUUUCAUGUGAUGUAUGUGAAAAACGAUUUACACAAAAGAGUGCGUUGAAUUUACAUAAAAAAAUUCACACUAGAGAAGCGUAUCGCUGCGGCAAGUGCAUUAGGGUGUUCACAGAAUUAGAUGAUUUAAAAAACCAUGAGCAAGUACAUUCGAAAGACAGAAGAUUUCCUUGCGAUGUAUGUGGAAAGGAGUUCAAGCAACCGUCUUUGUUAAAAAAGCACGUAAGAACACACACCGGUGAGAAGCCUUAUCCCUGUGGCACGUGUGAAAAAACAUAUGCGAAAUUGGCGAGUUUGAAGAGACAUGAGCUUACCCACACCGAUUAAUGUUUGCAAUGUAAAUGUAUUAGGACACAUCUGAAUGCUUUGCCAUUUGAUAAUGAAGUAAUAAUUUAAAUAUAGAUUGAAUUUCUGUAUGUAGUUACAAGGUUAUUAGAUUUGUAUGUGUAAUAGGCUGAAAGUUAUUCAGUCUAUACACCGUGUUUUUAUUGAAUUCCGUUAACUUCGGGGUAUGGUUAAGUACGUUUAAGAAAACUGAAUGGCAUAGUUAAUUUUGAAAAAAAAAAAACAUUUUUUUGCUUUUUUUUUCAGAAAAAAUAAUAUUAAAAAGUAAUUAAAUGUAGCAUAUAGCGUUGUUGUAACACGGGCAUUACAUUUAACUAAACCAAACAAUUGAAAUCUGUGACAUAUCAAUGUCAAUUCGAACAUCGAUCGACCGAGAUUUUACUUAAGUUUAGUAGCAAAUGUAUGAACUCAUUCUAAACACUAAUCAAUAUGUAAACCGGCCUUAAGGCAAGUGUACAAGCUUGUAGAGGCCUUAUAGGAAAAAAAUAAAAUAUUGAUUAUCUUCGAAAUGGAGUUAAUUAGAAUAUCGGUGUCUUUGGGAAAGUUACUUGAUUUAAGCUCAGGUAUGCACCCUUGAAAUUAACGGAAAUCAAAAAAAACACGGUGUAGAAUAACUAUUUUUACAAAUAUAUUUUUAUUUCAAUUCAGCUGGAUUUUCCAGUCAUCUUUUUUUAACAUCUUUAAGUGUACAAACAGCAACUC